AUGGAUGAGAGUGGGCAAGCGACACCUCCUGGUGGGGACUUCAAAUCUGCUGUCGCUGCCUUCGAGGUGUGUCUGUUGCUUAGGAGGCAACAGAGUCCCUGGUGGAGCUGUGUGGGGAGCAGGCGCCCGAGUGUGGUGACGCGUACUGCCGCUGUGGCCGUGCAUUGCUGGAGCUGGCACGCAAGGAGGCAGGGGUGCUGGGGCCAGAUCUGGAUGGUGCCAGUAGUCAGGAGGGAAGCACAGGGGAAGAGGAGGACGAGGAGGAAGAGAGUUAAGAGUCACAAGAGGAGGAGGAAGGUGGAAAGAAAGAGGAAGGAGAGGAGGAGGAGGAGGAGGAGGAAGAUGGAGAAGGAAAGGAGAAAGAUAAGAAGGAAGGAAAUGCCGCAGAAGGAGAAGAUAGAAAUCAAAAACGUCACAAGACAGAAUAGUGAGCUGCAUGCACUUAUCACAGAGUAUAAAGUCACUCCCUCAGAGGAAAAAGACAAGGAUGGCAUGUCUUCAUGUGAGAACUCAGAAGCUAAAUGUACAGAUACCAAGGGGAAAUUGCUGGGUCAAGUGGCUACACUGACAUCUGAGGUUAGCAGGUUGGAGAGUGAGUGCAGCAGUCUUCAGGUUCAGCUAGACUGUGAGAGGGAUAAGUAUAACAAACUGCUGGGAGAAUCUCUUGCUCAUGAAAAGUUGUCUGAAGAUGUCAUAACUGAACCAAAAGGAGAAACAACAGGAUUGGGAGGAACUGAGCUUUAACAGAAGCUGCAACAACUGCAGGAGGCUCACAGGGUCCUGGAGAGCAGGUUAACUUGCAGCAUGAAGGAGGUGGCUGAGCUGAGUGACAGGAAGUAGCAGCUUGAGCAUGCUGUAGUGCAUGAGGAGACAGAGUCCAUCGGUGACUACAUCACCAUCUACCAGUUGCAGCGAGGAGUGAUGAAGCAACAAGCUCGAGAACGCGAGUUAGACCUUGCCAGCCUCCAUCAUGAAUGAGAGGAAAUGAAGCAAAACCACUCUGCAGGAUUUGAUAUCAAAGCUGGUGCAGGAAAAGGAAGCAGAUCAUGACCUUCAGCAGCUCGAGAAGAUAAGCAGCGUCCUUAUAUAUAUGUUAUAUAAAUAUGUUCCUUUCACUAUAAUAUAUUAUAUGUAUUAAAAACUGCAUGGAAUACAGUAGUAUUCCAUGCAGUUCCUGUGGAUGAGUGGGCCAUGCUGUGCUUUGUCAAGGAUGGUGUUUGGUAUUGUGAUGACUCUUGCCACAAUCAAGUGUCUCCCACAGAGUAGUGGAGUACCUAUGUAUGGUGUUGACCCAAGCUGUCCAGGUCUCAUCCAAUGCCUUAAUAUGAUUUAGAUGAUCAAAAUGGUUUAACUCACCAUUUAAUCAGCUGACUGAUUUGAAUGGAGAAGUAUGUAAUGUGUUGUAGCCUAACCAUCCCUGCCAGCAUGGUCAGACUCUUGGUAGUAACCUGAAAUGCUCCUAGGUAGUGAGUAUCAUUGCACAUAAUGAUCUUUACUUUGUCAGUAAUUCAAUGAUACUGAAUAUUACUCUACUGGAUUUUGCUCAGCACUGCUUGGUAACUUUUGGCCAUAAUCCCAGGUCUGGAAUGAUAUGAAGCCAUGUUUUUACAUUCCAUAUGAGACAGGCAAGCACUAUGCUUUGCCUGACUGAUACCUGUACUUUGCAUUUAUGACCCCAGGUAGUUCAUCACUCUCUCUCUCUCUCUCUCUCUCUCUCUCUCUCUCUCUCUCUCUCUCUCUCUCUCUCUCUCUCUCUCUCUCUCUCUCUCUCUCUCUCUCUCUCUCUCUCUCUCUCUCUCUCUCUCUCUCUCUCUCUCUCUCUCUCUCUCUCUCUGUUUGGAAUUAUACUGUAUAUUAGGAAAUAUCAUUAAAGAGUGUGUGUGUAAAAAGUGUUUGCAUUAUUGUGCAUUUGAUGUUGGUUUCAUGAUUUAUAAAGAUUGCUAUUUUUAAUAAAGUUAUUGAAAUUGUUA